AUGUGUAUUUCCACCGGAGCAUUCUUCGGCUUGCCAUAUCUGGCUAGAAGCUAUGGCAUCACCGCUGAGGGGGAGUUUGUCUUUUGGACAGACACCGUGGGCUUAGCAGCGUUUGCAGUGCUCGGGGCGCGCAUUGCAGCAUGCUUGCCAGAUCAUCACGUGCACGCAGGUGCCUGCGCCCUCCGCGGGCUGAGCACUGCUUGCUUUGGAGGGCUUGUGAGAGACAUCUUAUGUCAAAAACCACCCCGGAUCCUGUACGCAGAGCACGAGAUGUACGCUACCCCAGCGCUGUCGGGGGCAUUGGUUUGCGUCUGGUUGUUGCGAAGCGGAUCUGAGAGGCCCUUGGACGUCGAGGGCAUGCUGUUGGGAGCCUGGGUGGUGAUUGAGCUACGCGUGCUGGCCCUGAACCAUGGUGCUCGCUUGCCCGCCUUCCCUUCAGAGGCUGUGAAGCAGAGGGCGGAGUCCUUGUCAGAUCUGGACACGGCGCAGGGACUCCUUAGUCCAGGAACAGCCUGA